UUUUUUUUUUUUUUUUUUGUAUUGAAGUGGCCGCCGUGGUCCAUCAGAUGCGGCGAGGAAGGACGAGUGAGGACCAUCACUUAAAGUCGCUCCCACAUUGAAACGCGGAGAUGUUUUCAUCGCGAAAUACAACGUUUGUGUGGAUUUUCUAUCUGCGGAACGUCUCACUUUAUACAGUCUGAAUAAACACCGGACGCGAGUGCUUUUUUUUUUUUUUUUUUUUUUUAAAUGUUGAUUAUCAGCGCAUGGAGUUGGGAUCAUUAAGCCUCAUUUCGUCUAAUUUGGAAGUUUCUAGAAGCUGCGAUGUGAUGCCGUGAACAGAAAAAUCAACGUUUAUUCCUCUUGGUUUUAGUGACACUUUUACGACGAGUUAAUGGCGGCGAAUUAAACUGUGAAAUCACCCGACUAUAGAAUCGUGUCACCUCCGUGAAAUGUGGUGACUUUUUUUUUUUUUUACGCGGAUGUUGUUGUUUCUCACUAACACUCUGUGGCGUGAACUGGCGGGGAAGAUGAACCUGCGCUUCGUCAGCCUUCUUCUCCUCACUUUGGAUUUAGUCACGGUGGCGCUGGGCUUGUCCACAUGCAGCGUGUUGGACACGGAGCAGUUCGAGAAGAGGCGCAUCGAAGCCAUCCGUGGGCAGAUCCUCAGCAAGCUCAAGCUCCGGCAUCCGCCGGUGGACUUCCCCGAGCCCGAGGACGUUUCCCGCGACAUCGUGGCCAUCUACAACAGCACCCGGGACCUGCUGCAGGAGAAGGCCAACAAGCGGGCGGCGACGUGCGAGCGGCAGCGGAGCGAAGAGGAGUAUUACGCCAAAGAGGUGCACAAAGUGGAGAUGCAGCCCAUCUACCCUUCUGAGAAUGUCAUCUCCCCCACUCUCUUCAACCCUUACUUCAGACGCGUAAUGUUUGAUGUGUCCUCCAUGGAGAAGAAUGCUUCCAACUUGGUGAAAGCUGAGUUAAGGAUCUUUCGUCUUCAAAACCCUAGUGCCAGAGUCCCAGAGCAACGCAUUGAGCUAUACCAGAUUUUAACCCACAAAGACCUGGCAUCCCCAACACAACGAUAUAUCGACAGCAGAGUGGUACGAACACAAACAGAAGGCGAAUGGCUGACCUUCGAUGUGACGCAGGCUGUGAACGAAUGGAUGAACCACAGAGACAGAAACAGUGGAUUCAAACUGAGCCUACACUGUCCAUGUUGUACCUUUGUGCCAUCGAAUAACUACAUCAUUCCCAACAAGAGCGAGGAGCUGGAGGCACGGUUUGCAGGUAUUGAUGACAGCUUCAUCCACGGUGGUGACCUGAAAGUAUUCAAGAGGCGGCGCCACAGCGUUAGAGCUCCUCACCUUCUAGUUAUGCUGCUGCCCUCUUACCGGUUGGAGUCGCCAUUUCACCACAAAGCCCAUCGGACCAAGAGAGCCCUGGAUGCAGCUUACUGUUCCAAAAACGUUCAGGACAACUGUUGCUUAAGGUCCCUCUACAUUGACUUUAAGAAAGACCUCGGCUGGAGGUGGAUUCACGAGCCAAAGGGCUACGAGGCCAACUUCUGUGCCGGAGCCUGUCCUUAUCUCUGGAGUGCUGACACUCAGCAUUCCAAGGUGUUAGGCCUUUAUAACACCAUCAACCCAGAUGCAUCAGCGUCACCCUGCUGUGUGUCCCAGGACCUGGAACCCCUCACUAUCCUCUACUACAUAGGCAAGACUCCCAAAAUAGAACAGCUCUCCAAUAUGAAGGUCAAGUCUUGCAAGUGCAGCUAGAAACUCUUGAAGAGCCAGCACGACCCACUACACACCUUUCGUCACACAAUAACGCACCCCACACCAUUUGCAGCCGUAUCAUCUCUUCUAUUUCCACAAGAUGAGACAUACAGAACAAAUAAACCUCAUUCCAAAAGGGGCACGGCGAGGCUUUCAAACACACAGCACACCAUUGGCAUGAUGUGAUACUCGAAAGACUUUGACACCAAUGCAAAGUGCCAAUCAAGCAAAUCCGGGCUUGUGGGUUAGAUAUUUGCAUGAGUAACAUGAAUUGCGAUGUGCCGUCAGUUUGUGGCGCCCUACUUGGCUCCAGGCACUAGCGUCUGUUGGCUAUCAGAUGUCAACAUUCAGCCUUUUAGACCCAAUAAACCCUUUUCUCUUGGAAGAGAAACAGUUCAGUUAUUUUGGUGCUAAGUAAAGGGCAUUGUUCCCACGCUGGAAGAUAAAGACAUCCCUAAUAUUGUUUUUCUAAAACCGACAACCAUGAAAUGAUGGACAUUUCUACACGACAUGGGCAUAGACAUGUGUGCAGUAUGUUUGACCACACCGCGGUUCUAUAGUUAGUAGGCGACGAUCAAGUUUUAGUAAGUUUGACAGUCUUAAUCAGCAUUGGCUACAGAUAACAGUUCCGUGUCUCAUUCCAUCUCUCAAGUUUAGCUUAGGAACACUCCUCUAGUAUUUGAAUUAUGUUCAUUUUUCGACCAAAUUUGCUUGACUGAUGGCUUCACCUUAGAAAUCAUACAAAACAUGUCAAAUGGCAACCGGUGUUACCCAUGCCAUGACAAAAUGUCAAUUGUCGUAAUUAAUCGCGUGGCUUUGCAAGUCCAUGCCCUUUGUUUGUCUUUUGAAGGCCAAGUCCACACGAAUCACCUCACGCACUUGUCACACGAGACAUGAGAGUCAAGGCAAACACUGGAGGUUUACGUGAUAAGUGUCUGUUGUGUGAAAUGAUACGAAUGACAUAGCUCCACCCUCAACAUCCAGCCACCUUUUUGAGGGCUUUUUUAUAUAUAUACUUUGUGCUUUAAUGUAUUCUCGGUUUUGCUAUUUAAGAUGUUUGUGCUUAUGUGCCUCAGCACCUAUGGCAUUUUGAAUAUGGUAGAAAAAGUGGGCAGGUGUCAACCUUGCAUUGAUGAAAUGCAACCUCUUCAACCUUUUGUAUCUUACAGGUGCUGGACAUAUUUAUUAAUACAUUUUCAGGAUUGUCUGAAAAGGUUACCAGAAGAGAUAUGCCAUGUUUUUUUUAGUAGUUUUGAACAUCAGUCCUGUUAGUUUGUACAAAGGGGGAACAGAUAUUGCUUUGUUGCAACCCAAUUCCUGCAGCAUAUACAGUGGAACCUCAAUUUAUGAUUCUGGAAAAUAGGAACGUUCGUAUAUUGAAGCAAAUCCCUCAAUAAGAAACAAUGUAAACAUGAAUAAUAGGUUUCAGCCUCGAAAAAAGUCCAUAUUUUAGUAAAAGUUUGUACACUUUGAAGACUAUAUAAAGCGCUAUACAUUAUUGUAUAGCAAACAAACAUAACAAGGGGGAGACUUUCUCCAAAACCCAAAACCAGUGAAGUUGGCACGUUGUGUAAAUCGGAAAUAAAUACAGAAUGCAAUGAUUUGCAAAUCCUUCUCAACCUAUACUCAAUUGAAUAGACUGCAAAGACAAGAUAUUUAAAGGGGAACAUUAUCACCAGACCUAUGUAAGCGUCAAUAUAUACCAUACCAUACCAUACCAACUUUAUUUAUAAAGCCCUUUAAAGACAAGCACAGUUGAAAAACAAAGGGCUGUACACCACAAAGAAAUGGAGGCAAAGGACAGACUAAAAAAUAACAUUUAAAACAGAAAUAAAAAAUACACAUUUAAAAAGCAAAUAUAAAUUACCCUAAGAACAGUUUGUUAGAUAAAAACAGUUUAAAAGUUAAAAACAGUUCAAAAAGUUAAAAGCUAAAAACAGUUCAAAGUCUCAUGCUGGGUUAAAAGCCAGUGAAUAAAAAUGGGUUUUAUACCUUGAUGUUGCAGAAAAAAAGACCUUAUAUUUUUUUUACCGAUUUCCGAACUCUAAAUGGGUGAAUUUUGGCGAAUUAAACGCCUUUCUAUUAUUCGCUCUCUGACGUCACAUCGGGAAGCAAUCCGCCAUUUUCUCACUUUCGUCGGUGUGUUGUCGGAGGGUCUAACAACAUGAACGGGGACGGAUUCAAGUUGCACCAGUGGCCCAAAGAUGCGAAAGUGGCAAGAAAUUGGACGAAAUUUGUUCAAAAUACGAGGCUGUGGGGAAAGCCGACGAAAUGGUCAGUCGUUUGUUCCGCACACUUUACCGACGAAAGCUAUGCUACGACAGAGAUGGCAAGAAUGUGUGGAUAUCCUGCGACACUCAAAGCAGAUGCAUUUCCAACUGGACUGGACAGAUCAGCUUUCAGGAAAAGAGAGCGGAUGAGGGUAUG